AUGGUAUCCUUCUUCGAUCUCCCUCGCUCAAUCCGCGAAGAAAUCUACCGCCAUGCCCUCGUCAAAGCCCGCGUCUUCGUACGCCCCUUCAUCUCCAUGGAAUACAUGCUACACCCAGAUCGAGCAGAAAUCUACGAUAACCCCAAUCUUGCCCUCCUCUGCGUUUCCCGCCGAAUCUACCACGAGGCGACGCCUAUCUACCUGGGCGAGAACAUCUUCUCUAUCGUCCAGGUGGACAUGCUGGCCGCAGCGCGUAUGGAAAACAGACGAGUCGCGAAGAACCUCCGACAGAUUCGCAGAUUGGAAUUGAUCUUCGACCAUCGGGAUUACAAUUAUAUGGCUGAGUUCCUGGGGACUGAAAUACCGACUGUUAUGACGGAGAUUGAGGACUGGGCUGAUGAAUCGCCGGUUAAGAAGGUUGCUAUGAGGGAUUUGAGCAAGAUACGUGAUCACUUCGACGUCCGAUUGAUUGAUACUACCGGAAGACGGCAACGGCAAGCGCUUAACCAUCAUCUGCAUCAGUACAAGAAUGACAGCAAAGAGACACCCCACGAUCGACUGACCGAGAAUCUGAAGGAAUAUCUCUGGGGACGAACACUAACCUUCGUCCGUCAGAAUUUCCGAUUGACCCACCUCUUUAUCGAUCUACGCCAUUGCUCCUGUCCCGUAGGCUGCUGUCGUCUGGCAGACCAGGUUCUGGAUUGGGGCUGGAUGUAUGUCUGGAUUCAUGGCUUGCCGGACGAGGUCCAAGUGAGAGGAUCGUCGAGGUCGGAGAAAGAAGUUAUUGCUAGGAGUCUGGACCGACAGUCAUUUCACCCUAAAUUGAAGAUCGAGGAGGUUUACGACCAGUCUAGGGCUCAGGAUUAUCGGGGAUUGAUGCAGUAUAAUGCUCUGCUUAGGAGUGUUUACCGGAGGUUGAAUGAGGUGUAACUGCAAGGUGAUUCAUCAUCUAAACAUAUGGUACCCAGGUCGCUUAGUUAUAGAAUGAGAAACGGAUAUAAUCGUGCCUAAACACCGCACUGCUCUCUCGUUGAUCGUCAAACAAUUGGCCAUUAACCUUCCUGUGUUUUGGUAUGAUACAUGCCCAGCAAUACAAUUGCCGGUCUUUCUCCGAAAGCAGUGAAAAUAAACAACAACCAAUGCAGCAAAUCACGGCGUCGCAGCCACAGUACCC